AUGGUUGUGUGUGUAAUUACAAUCUUAAUCUUGGGGUUAUUCGCCUUUGUGCGUGCGCUUUGCAACUACACCCGCUUAAGCACCGUUCCUGGUCCUCUGUCCACUGGUCUAUCUGACUUGUGGAGGACAUACGCCCGCAAUACAGGCAACUAUGGCUGUAGUGUAGCUGGCCUUCAUAAGAAAUACGGCAAAGUCGUCCGUUUAGGGCCUCGUUCUAUCAGCGUUUCCGACCCUACAGCGAUCUUCCCGGUCUAUAAUGGUCGGCCGAGUGAAAGGUCAACAUUUGAGCCUGGAAAUAGUACCGUAUUCGCCCAAGGCCCAUCCGCGAGGUCGACCGAUGUUGAAAGCAAUCUACUGAGCAAGACCACUCGACGGAGGUGUCUAGAAUCGGCAAUGCGAUAUGAAGGCAUCGUUGAUCAGGCAGCCAACAAUUUGAUGACAUCUCUCAGACAACAGCCCGUGGUGCACUUAACGACCAUUCUUCAGGGCUUUGCCACUGACUUCAUUCAUCGUCUGAUCCUGGAGGAAUCGGUCACACAAGAUAUACCUUCCAACGCUCAGGGGGCAGGCUGCCACUGGUAUAACUGCCCAACCAAGUGGUUAACGUUUCCAAUGAUCGAAUAUGCGCUCCUAAGAAGCCCGACCGCUAGAUUAAAAAGGCGCCGUGGCAUUUCCUUUAUCCACCAGAAAGCUCAGGGAGGGAUCAACGGCAGUCGAUCGUUUAGGGCUACGGAUGAUCGUGCAAUCAGCUCCAGGCUCGGCCUUCCCCAAAGCUGCGGCAAUGCGGACGGCACAUAUGCCAAUAUUGCUAUGGCUUUUAUCUCAACGUUUUCCUCCUUGUUAAACCACGACAACGUCAUGGCGAGACUUCGGUCUGAUAUAGACACGGCGUUCAACAAGGGCCUACUCUCGGACCCUCCUCAAUGGCAGGAACUAGGUAAACUCCGUUUCCUUGAUGCUGUUAUCAAGGAAUCAAUGCGCCAGCUGCCUAGCUUGAGCUACAGCCAUGAGGUCGUAACACCCCCCGAAGGCGCUAUCGUUGCAGGGUACUACAUUCCUCCGGGAACCAUGAUGGAACUUCAUUCCGAAGCCUUACGAGGCGAUCCUGGUAUUUAUGGAGAGGACGUCCAUAAUUAUCGGCCGGCACGAUGGCUCUGUGCUGACCCGCGACAACGAUGGGCCAUGAGCCAAAACUUACUACCGUUCAGCACCAGCAUCAAUACUUCUCCGAAGGCUCGGGUCGCCUGGCUGGAGUUGAAAAAGACUGUUGCUUUACUGCUCCUAAAGUUCGACUUGCAGCUCAUACGUCCUGGCGAAGGACUGAUUCUCGGUGAUAGGUCUGACCAGGGCUUGCCAGCCUUGAUGACCUAUUGUACCCCACGGAAUCGCUGA